UGGGGACCCAUGCGUGACCGCUUCCGGCUUGGUUUCCCCGCCCCUACGUGGCUCUGGCUGGUAGUCUUGGCUGUGCCAGGAGUGGCGGAGCCGGCGGCAGUGGUGAAGUGAGGGCCCGGGCGGGGCUCCCGGGAGCCAUGGCCUGCUCUAUUGUCCAGUUCUGCUCCUUCCAGGACCUCCAGGCCGCCCGGGACUUCCUCUUCCCGGGCCUGCGGGAGGGGAGCCCCAGCGGCGCCGCGCGCGGGGACCCCGGUAAAUCAACAAACUGGGAAGAUGAUGGUUGGGGAGCAUGGGAAGAAACUGAACCCCAAGAACCUGAUGAAGAAGGAAAUACUUCCAAAACACAAAAAUCGUCCUGGCUCCAAGACUGUGUCUUAUCCUUAUCUCCUACCAAUGAUCUUAUGGUGAUAGCUCGAGAGCAAAAAGCUGUUUUUCUAGUGCCAAAAUGGAAAUACAGUGAUAAAGGCAAGGAAGAAAUGCAGUUUGCUGUCAGCUGGAGUGGUUCUUUAAAUGUUGAAGAAGGGGAAUAUGUAACCAGUGCCCUAUGUAUCCCACUGGCAAGCCAAAAGAGGAGUUCUACUGGACGUCCUGACUGGACUUGCAUUGUGGUGGGCUUUACUUCCGGUUAUGUUCGCUUCUACACUGAGAAUGGUGUGCUCUUGCUUGCACAACUUUUGAAUGAAGAUUCAGUGUUGCAGCUUAAAUGCCGAACCUAUGAAAUCCCACGACAUCCUGGCGUGACUGAGCAGAAUGAAGAGUUGAGUAUCUUAUAUCCAGCUGCCAUUGUGACUAUUGAUGGAUUUAGCCUUUUUCAGUCUCUUCGUGCUUGUCGAAAUCAGGUAGCAAAAGCUGCAGCAUCAGGCAAUGAGAACAUACAACCACCACCAUUAGCUUAUAAAAAAUGGGGUCUACAAGAUAUUGACACUAUUAUUGAUCAUGCUAGUAUUGGUAUUAUGACUCUGUCCCCUUUUGAUCAAAUGAAGACUGCCUCCAAUAUAGGUGGAUUCAGUGCAGCAAUUAAAAACAGUCCGCCAGCCAUGUCUCAGUACAUCACUGUGGGGUCCAGUCCAUUUACAGGCUUCUUCUAUGCUUUAGAGGGGAGCGCUCAACCAUUGUUAUCUCACGUCGCCCUAGCAGUUGCAAGUAAACUCACUUCCGCUUUAUUUAAUGCUGCCAGCGGUUGGCUUGGUUGGAAAAGUAAGCAUGAGGAUGACGCUGCCCCAAAGCAAAAACCGAAGGUUGAACCAGCUACCCCAUUAGCUGUAAGGUUUGGACUUCCAGAUUCUAGACGUCAUGGUGAAAGUAUAUGUCUGUCUCCAUGUAACACACUGGCGGCAGUAACUGAUGAUUUUGGCCGAGUUAUUUUAUUGGAUGUAACUAGAGGAAUUGCAGUACGCAUGUGGAAAGGCUAUCGGGGUGCACAGAUUGGCUGGAUCCAAAUGGUAGAGGACCUCCACGAGAGAGUACCAGAGAAGGUGGAUUUUCCCCACUUUGGAAAUACUCAGGGUCCAAGUCGAGUAGCUCAGUUCAUUGUGAUCUAUGCACCAAGAAGGGGCAUUUUGGAAGUGUGGAGCACACAGCAGGGACCUAGAGUGGGAGCUUUCAAUGUGGGAAAGCACUGCAGGCUUCUGUAUCCUGGCUAUAAAAUAAUGGGCUUAAAUAAUGUUACCAGUCAGAGUUGGCAGCCACAGACUUACCAGAUCUGUCUGGUUGAUCCAGUGUCUGGAAGUGUGAAAACAGUGAAUGUUCCCUUCCAUUUAGCACUGAGUGACAAGAAGAGUGAACGAGCCAAAGACAUGCACUUAGUGAAGAAAUUAGCAGCCUUACUGAAAACAAAGUCUCCCAAUGUUGAUAUGGUUGAAAAAGAAAUAAAGGAAUUAAUUCUUGAUAUUAAAUACCCUGCAACCAAAAAACAAGCUUUGGAGAGCAUUUUGGCAAGUGAACGCUUACCAUUUUCCUGCCUUAGAAACAUCACUCAGACUUUAAUGGACACUUUAAAAAAUCAAGAGCUUGAGUCUGUUGAUGAAGGAUUGCUGCAGUUCUGUGCCAAUAAACUGAAGUUACUCCAUCUUUAUGAGUCUGUCAGUCAGUUGAAUUCCCAUGGUUUUCAUUCAGACACACCAUUCUCUGAUAAUGACUUGGCUGUGUUACUAAGGCUUGAUGAAAAAGAACUGCUUAAGCUCCAGGCAUUAUUAGAGAAGUAUAAACAAGAGAAAACCAGCACUACGGUCCGAUUUUCUGAUGAUAAGGAUGGUGUGUUGCCUGUAAAAACAUUCCUGGAAUAUUUAGAAUCUGAGAAAGAUGUAGUCAACGUAAAGAAGAUAAACGAAGAAGAAUCUGUGGCUUUAGGCAGUUUCUUUUUUUGGAAGUGUUUGCAUGGAGAAAGUUCCACUGCGGAUGUGUGUUAUACUUUGGAGUCAGCCGGACUCAGCCCUCAGCUGCUGCUGUCUCUGCUCCUGAGUGUUUGGCUUUCUAAGGAAAAAGAUAUUUUGGAUAAACCACAGUCUGUCUGCUGUCUUCAUACAGUGCUGUCUCUGCUGAGCCAGAUGAAAGUGGCCAGCGAAGAGACCUGGGACUCGCAGUCUGUGUCCCCUUGGUGGCAGCAGAUGCGCACAGCCUGUAUUCAGUCUGAGAACAACGGAGCUGCUCUGUUAUCUGCGCGUGUUGGACAUUCUGUUGCUGCACAAAUACCAAACAGUGGGACAGAGAAAAAAUUUUCCCAAACAGUUUUGGGUGCUGAUUCGGAAGCCCUCACUGACUCGUGGGAGGCCCUUUCUCUUGACACUGAGUACUGGAAACUCCUGCUGAAACAACUGGAGGAUUGUCUCCUACUUCAGACUCUGCUUCUUAGCAAAGCAAACACCCGAAUCUCCAAAGUGUCAUUAGUGCAGGCUGAACCCCUCCCGCGGCUUUCUGUUAAAAAGUUAUUAGAAGGCGGAAAAGGUGGCAUUGCAGACAGUGUAGCCAAGUGGAUAUUUAAACAGGACUUCAAUCCUGAAAUAUUAAAACUGGCUAAUAAAGAAAGAGAUGCAGAAAACCCAGAUGAACCCAAAGAAGGUAUUAACAGAGAUUUAUUUGAAGUGUCAGAGGUAGACAUGAACUUAGGAGCCAUACCAGGCUUGCUGCAGUCAGCCUAUAAGCAGUUCCCUUGUAGCCUCGAGCUCGACGUGCUGCACGCGCAUUGCUGCUGGGAGUAUGUUGUUCAGUGGAACAAAGAUCCGGAGGAAGCACGGUUUUUUGUUAGGUCAAUAGAACACUUGAAGCACAUUCUUAAUGCACAUGUUCAGAAUGGCAUUGCGCUGAUGAUGUGGAAUACAUUCUUGGUUAAAAGGUUUUCUGCUGCUACAUACUUGAUGGAUAAGGUUGGAAAAUCACCAAAGGAUAGGUUAUGCCGAAGGGAUGUGGGGAUGAGUGAUACAGCAAUGACGUCUUUCCUUGGCUCCUGCUUGGAUCUUCUUCAGACUUUAAUGGAGGCAGAUGUUAGCAGGGAUGAGAUGCAAGUGCCCGUCCUGGACACUGAGGAUGCUUGGCUUGCUGUGGAAGGACCAAUCUCGAUAGUGGAGCUGGCCCUGGAACAGAAGCACAUCCACUACCCGCUGGUGGAGCACCAUUCGGUCCUGUGCUCCGUCUUAUAUGCGGUCAUGAGGUUUUCUCUGAAGACUGUGAAGCCGCUUUCACUUUUUGACAGUAAGGGGAAAAAUGCAUUUUUCAAAGACCUAACUUCAAUUCAGUUAUUACCUAGUGGGGAAAUGGAUCCAAAUUUUAUUUCUGUACGACAACAGUUUUUACUGAAAGUUGUCAGUGCAGCUGUCCAAGCCCAACAUUCAAUCACAAAGGACAAAGAUUCCUCAGAAGAGGCACUGACCACUCCUUUUGGGAAAGACCAAGACUGGCCAGUGCUGGCAGUGGAUCUGGCCCAUCACCUUCAAGUCAGUGAAGAUGUUGUUAGAAGGCAUUACGUGGGGGAGCUCUACAGCCAUGGAGCUGACCACCUGGGGGAAGAGGCCAUCCUCCAGGUUCAUGACAAGGAGGUCCUGGCCUCUCAGCUGCUGGUGCUGACAGGGCAGAGGCUGGCCCAGGCGCUCCUCCACACCCAGACGAAGGAAGGGAUGGAGCUGCUCGCCAGACUGCCGCCCACCCUCUGUACCUGGCUGAAAGCCAUGGACCCCCAAGAACUUCAAAACAGAGAAGUGCCAAUUGCAACAACAGCUAAACUAGUAAAUAAAGUAAUUGAGCUUUUACCAGAAAACCAUGGACAGUAUAGUUUAGCCUUACACCUCAUUGAAGCCGUGGAAGCCAUACCUGUUCCUUCUUUAUGACGUGAUGAAAACAGCGUAGAAUCGUGACUAUGACAUGAAUUAGUGCAUGGUUAUUUUACAUAGUUAGGUCUAGAAUUUUAUGGAGAGAGUAUUUUUUUUUGUAAAAUAAAUAUACAUAUUACUUUUAAAAAGUGCAAUCCUGGCUAAAUUCCACUCUCUUGGUUAAUACUAAAGAUAAAAUGUAAGUCAAUUACAUUAUUAAUUACUAAUACAGAUGUUUUGUGUUUAUUUCUAAUCCAAGCACUUAAGUAGUUUUAUUGUCAAACUUUACUAUUUAAUAUUGGUUAUAGGAAUCUAUAUUUCGUACUCAAAGUGUUACUGUAAUGAAACUUAAAUAUGUUCGUGUACAGUACUCGUCAGUAAAACUAGAGAAGCGUCCGACCCUGCGUGCCGGGCGAGCGCCUCGGGCUCCGGAUGCCGGAUGCCGACAGGUGCUUGCCCAGAGGUGUCGCCGUCGGCGUCGGCGGAGGGUACUGGUUUGAGGUCAUCAUAUUCAUCAGAAGGGAUACUAGCAGAACCCUUAACCUGUUGUAUUUGCCAAAAUUGGGACUGAGAUGCAAGCACGGCAAAAUUAAAUCAUAUGCAAAUUAGGAUUUGCUUUUGGCCAAGAUUCAAAGUUGUAACCACAUCAGGUAAUUGUAAAAAUGUAUUAUCUUGUAAAACUUAUGUUUAAAAAAGGGCAAAGAUGCUGAAAAUUUAAAUCCAACUUUAUUUUCCUACAAGUGUUUAGAAAUGUGCUUCUGGGAUAUGGUAGUAUUACCUGUUCUUGAGACUAAUACAGGACGCGCUUAGUGAUACCACAGCUUUAGCAAACCUACCUCACAGCUGGGUUGAGAGGCUAAAAUACAACUAAUUUUAUACCCUCGAGUGCCUAGAGCAGUCCAAGUGCUGAGUAAUUAUUUGAUGAUUAAAACCAAAUUAACCAAAACUCUGUAAAAAGUGCUUUGAGCUCUACAAAUACCAAGUAUUUAUUGUGGUAUAUCUUUGGAAUGUAGCCAUACAGUGCAAUUACUGAUACCUGUCAUGGGUCACAGCUGUUAUUCAUAGUAACUCAUUGUGAUAGAGAAGUUUGUUUCUUCACUUCCUUGUAAGAAGCCAACUCUAGCAAUUGUAGAAAGCUGGGUUACAUGUCCGUCAGGGAUAUAAAGAAAAAACUCUAUUGUUUGAGGAUACCCCAAAGUAAAAUUCUUUUAACUAAAAGAUCACAUCCAAAUAAGACCUUAACUGCCUAAAACUUAAUAAUUACUGUUUGAUUUUAAAACUCAAAAGAUAAAAUUUUAAGAUGUCUUGAGUAUUUGGGGUGAGGGCCUGUGAGUCUGACUGAGGUGCACACCAUGUACAGUGGGAGCUUGAAGAGCAGCUCAGAUCGCCACUGCGCCAUCCAGACACGUCGGUAUGAUUUCUGGUAAAUGUAGCAAGCUUAUAUAGUCACUUGUUAUAUAUAUCUUAAAAGAUUAGUUUUUCUGUGAUUUUUCUAAAUACUCUGAAAGUAGUUAUGAAUUUUGGAGGCUGGUCUAAGAAACUUGGAAUUGUACAUAUUUUAAAAAAUAUUAAAUCCUCACUUUGAUUCCAUUAUCACUUUUGGGGGUGGGGGUACCUAAUAAGCAUUUUAGAUGAUAAACCGUUCAAUUUACUGAUAGAACAUAUCAUCAAAUUGGGAUUGUUGAGAAUAUUAAGAUGAAAUAUCGUUCAUAGAACCAUAACAAAUUGAGUCUGUAGUUAGAUUUAUAAUCCUAAAAAUUUACCAUUCAUAGAAUUUUUAAAUUGAAUUCUGAGACAUAUAGUUAAGAAAAGCAGUUCAGUAUUUUACGUUUCAUCAAGGGCUUUUAAAAUCUGACGAGAGAAAGGAAAGUCAAUUCCUACAUACACGUGUGUGUGUGUGUAUGUAUUCUGUAACAAUGAAGAGCCACACAGGAGUUAGCUUUUAUGUAGGGGGUGGUUUCUGAAACACAUGUAAGUUGCAGUCAUUAAUAGGAAGCCAAGAACCAGUAGUGUUUUCCUAGAUAGACUCCAUACCCUUUCUUAACAUUAAAUAAGCAUUUUGUAAAUUCCAUUGUACAAUGCUGAAGGACAACAAAAGUGUUCAAAUAAUUGUUACUUCUGCAGGUUGUGAUUUGGUAAUAGAACUAGGAGAGCCAGGAUAAAUGUAGAUGAACAGGAAUAUAGCACCAAGCUUCUAAAUGUUUCAUAAUUUUGCAAAAAAAGAAACAGAGAGAAGAUGAUUUCACCUCCGUUACAAAGUUAGAGUAAGCACUGUUAUAUUUAACUUGCUUUCUUUAAAAAAAAAAAUACGGUAAUUGUAAUCUAAAAUCAUAGAAAACCCAGAUUUAAUAAUAGUAAGUUGACAUGGAAUUUGAUAUUCACUUAGAAGUUGCUGUUGUUCAUUUCAUUUUUAAGAUAUAAAUAUUUUAAAAAUUCUUGAUAGCAAGAGUGAAAGCCCUUUCUCACCCUGGUAGGAAUGGAUGUGUUGGGCCUCUAAAAGUUAGGUUUCUGCUGAAGAGACUCAGCCUUCCCUAGAAAGAUUUUAAUCCAAUGCUCAAUUGUUUGUAAAAUGCUCUAUAUGUUAUCUAUUGUAAUGUAAGUAGUGAAAUUCUGUAUAUACUUACAUUUUCUGUGUCUGUUCCUUGUUGUGAACUUAUGUAUAUUAAAGAAAUAAAUUUUCAGCUUUCA